AUGUUUGAUGCAGAAUUUCUAGAUCGCCCGUCUUCUACCGUACUACUAGGUGAGAUACGUACCUCGCUCGGCUGGCAACUAAGGUACCUUACCGGAAAGGUACCUACAGAGCUUCAGAUUCCUAUUUCACCUUGCAAAAGUUCCUGCGCUGGUGGGCUGGAUCUUGGACUUGCAUUUCCAACAACUUGCGUGAGCGUCGAGGCAGGCGUCAUAUUUGAAGACUUUCCUAUCCAACAUGCGCAGCGUUUUGGUGAAAAAGUCAACGUGGCAGAUGUCUCAGUGGCUCGAGGCAUGCGUUCAACAUACCUCAUCGCAGGAGAAGACGACAGCCGACUGAAGAUUCCCAACUUGAAUAUGGCCACCGGAUCCGUACGCCAGACACUUCGUAGAGACUUGGCCAUUGACGACAACCCGGGAUAUCAAAGCUCCCAUCACGUCUUACCUUGGCUCAGGGCUGCCCUUGGAUCUUGAGGUGUUUAUCCGUUGGCAUGGAUCUGUAUCCGUCCACUGUUGGUGAGCUAAGGCACCUUGCAAGCUGUGGAAAUGGAACAGUGAGAUGAGAUGAGAAAAGAGUGGGUGAGUGGGUGGUUGCCGCCCCGACGCUGCGGGCGGGGAUCCAAGACCCGCCAGUUUCGCUUAAUCGCAUCCAAUCAACAAAUCCCCGGCUCGCUUGACGAUGCAGACCCUCGCUGGGGGCUCCCUGUCACCCUCCUAGAUUCCAUC